AUGUCUUCCACUCAGCCGUUUGUUUUGCGAUGGGGCAUCGUCUCCACUGGCAGAAUCGCCAUGGACUUCGUGAAGGACCUUCUCGUCGAUCCCAAGACGCGUGGAACUGAAGACGUUGUCCACAAAGUCGUCGGUGUCGGCUCGCGCAACACCCAGAAGGCGCAGGAAUUCAUUGAUACGUACAUUCACGGUGAUAAAUCCGUGAAGGCAUACGGGACCUAUGCCGACCUGUUCGCAGACAAGGCAGUUGAUGCCGUUUACAUCGGUACACCCCACACAUCCCACUACGAGAAUGCUCGUGAUGCCCUGCUGGCGGGCAAGCACGUCCUGUGCGAGAAGCCUACGACUUCCAACGCGGCCGAACUAAAGUCCCUGCUGGCACUCGCGGCGGAUAAGAAGCUUUUCUUCAUGGAGGCAAUGUGGACACGCUUCCAACCGCUCACCAAGGAGCUAAAGAAGAUCGCAGAGGAGGGCACCCUUGGUGACCCGGUUCUGCUGCACGCAGACCUGGCUUUCGACGUCGACAUUGCACAUGUGCCCAAGACACAUAGGAUGAUUGACCCCAGUCUUGGCGGUGGUGCUUUGCUCGACCUAGGCCCGUACCCAAUGAUCUGGACUAUCCUUGCUCUGUUCGAGCAUCCUUCAAACAAGGGUGCUCAUCCCACGAGCAUCAGCGCCUCUAUGGUGAAGACUUCCCUUACCGGCGUCGACAGCAGCACCAGUUGGACCGUCAACUUCACCAAGACCCUGCAGGCCCAGGCAAUCCUCAGCGCUAGCAUCACCGUACCCUCAGCGAGCUUUGGUGCCACGAUCCGCUACCGCAAUGGCAACAUCAUCGUUGGCACUCCCAUCUUCUGCCCGAAGCAGUUCACAGUGCAGUACUUCGACAAGCCCGGCAGUGGAGUAAUUGUGAGAGAGGAAACCAGGACAUUCAACUACACUGGCAGCGGGUGGCACUUUGAGGCGGACGAGGUCGCUAGGAGUGUGAGGGACGGUAAGCUCGAGAGCGACUUGUGGACGCACGAGAAGAGCAUCAUCCUCAUGGAGACCUUCGACGAGGUGCGCCGCCAAGGAGGUUACGUGCUGCCGCCAGGCGUGGAGAAGGUGCUCUAA